UGAAACAUAGAAGAAUUACACAAAGAAAAUGAGAGAAAACUGAAAAAAUGUUGGCGUGCGUCUGCCAACCGACAGAUCCAGGAAUUUUCCGGCAUUCUCCCAUCCCACUUGGUGCGCCACCUCUCAAAAUUCCGACCAUAGGUGAAGUAGCUAGACCACCCGGUAGGAGCAUUAGGAUUACUACACCCAUUGUUGAACCUCCAACUUUCCCAAAAGGCAAACAAUUGACAGACAAGUGUACAGCUCCACCAUGCUCCAAAAAUAAAAAUGACUCGAAUCGCGAAUUUCUGCUCGAUAUAGGAAGAAAAGAUGUGGGACAAAGUAAAGGCAACGAUAUCCACAAGAGUGAAGGAACAUCGAAACGACGAGAACUUUCGACCUCAAGUUCGAAAUCUUCAUCAAGUAUCAGUUUUUCACCCGUGAAAAGAAAAUGUGUAAAAAAGUGUAAUGCGAAUAAGACUGUUAUACAACGCAAAUUUGUAAAACAAGAAGGUGCUAACGUGACUGGUAGUUGUAGUAAAUCGAGUGAUACAGAAGAAAAUUCAGGCCUUACAACGGAAAUCUCGGACUGUGAUAGGAAAUCGAACGAGAAAUCGGGUGAUUUCGAGAAGCUACCCGACGGAGUGCAGUUGACGCUGAGCGAGCUGCGCGAGAUGGCGUGCCGACAGCAGGCGCAGAUCGAGUCGCAACACCAACUGCUGGCCGCCAAAGAGCAGCGCCUGCGCUAUCUCAAGGAACAGGAGCAGCGGCAGCAGCGCGUGCAGGCGGAAAGCGAGCGCCUGAGGCGGCUGCGCGACCGCGUUGACGCGCAGGAGCUUAAGCUGCGCAAGCUGAGGGCGCUGCGCGGGCAGGUGGACCAUCAGAAGCAGAACAAUAUUUCUCUCACAAGUGACCUUGACUCGAUCCGAGCACUCUUUAAUGAAAAGGAAAAGGAAUUAUCUCUGGCUGUGGCCAAAGUGGAGGAGCUGACGAAGCAGUUGGAGGAAUUGAGACGUGGAAGGUCUACGAGGGAUCCUCCUCCACCUUCUGCCCUGGAGUUGGAUAAGCUGAGGAGGGAAUUAAUGUAUCGUAACAAACUGAACGAGCAGCAAAAUCAAAGAUUACACCAGCAGCGGGAGGCCUUGACCGCCCGUCAGGAGGAGAUGAGCGCCAUCGACAAGCGGAUAUCCGAGUUGCAGGAAAGAUUGCACAAAAAGCGAAUGCUGAAUCAACAACUAGCGAAUCAAAUCAGCGCCGCCUCUCACAAGGCGGCUUAUCAUCAAUUAGUUAGGUUAACGGGCAAUUCAGAACAAAAUAACCAAGCGUUCGCGAGGAAACAGCAACAAAACAAUCAAGCCAAUGGAUUAUCCAGAGGGAACAUUGCCGCUGUGGAACCCUACAAUCACGUCCCUAUCCAACCGAGCCACCAAAUUAAGAACGCAAAUAACCAGCAGGAGAACUCAACAUAUCACCACUUAUAUCAGCCCAACCACCAUAUCAAAAAAGACGCCGAUUCCCCCAAAAGCAGUCACGACACCCAAGAUCCGUCGAAGAAAACUUUUCCGCCGAAACCCGAUGAGAAUAACGACGUUCUCAAGGAUUUCACAGUAUCCAAAAACGACCCAAAGUAUCAAACGCUUCCCUACAACACCAAGUUCACCGUUAACCUGUUGACGGGAAGGGUGGCAAAGAGUGAACCUGUCAAUAGUAUCGACAACAAAGAAGAAUCAAAUACUCAUAUAUCUACUAAUGUAAAUGGAAAUUUCAAUAAGCAAUCGACACAUAUGACUGUACAUAGUGCCCCUUUGAGCAUAGUUAACAAAAAUAUAGCCACGCCGUUGAACCAACACGAUCUGCUAGUGAGGAAAAUUAGUGAUAAUAAGGAUAAUUUAAUGAAUGGAAACGAUGAGGUAAUUCAGAGAAAUACGAAAGAGAAUACAUAUCCUAAUUCUACCAGCAGUAGUGGUACCACAACUACAUAUCAGAAACCCAUCAGCAGUGUAGCGCCAACAUCGAUACAUCACUCUGGAGUCCUAUCCAACGUAUAUCAAACAUCAUCUAUCAAAGUGCAACCUGUCGAACCGCAGACGAUAACCACAAGCAAAAACCUCAUCUCGAUUCCUCAUCAAACACAUCAACCCCAAAUUCAAUCUCCUCAAUCCCUAGUUUUAUCUCCUCCACAGUCAUCCAGUACACCUCUGAACAAUACUCCUGAAGUUGUAGAUAGAUUUCCUAAGCCAGCCUUGCCUCCGAAACCGGCAAUAAAACCACCCCCCAGACAGACGCAGGUAUUGAAUGAAGAAACCGUGCCUCCGCCUCUGCCUCUCACAGAUCCUCCUGAUGAAGUUAAAAAUUUGGGGAAGACGCCGAAUACUCAUAAAUAUGGCUCCUCAUCACCUGCAGCUUCAAAUACCCCGAAUAACAAUUCUAAUCCAGAAAUGAUAAUCAAAGCCAAGCCACUAACAAUAAAAAAGCAACCGCUUUGCGAACAGCCCAAACUAAGAUCGAUUAGCUCCUACUCCAAACUAAAUGGCCUUUCGAAUAGAAGAAUAGAAAUGCCACCAACUUUCCAUUUUCCAGAACUACAAAACCUGGACAAAGCUCCGGAAAGUCCGCCCGAAAGAGACGAGACCGAUAAAUCGUCAGUGGAAGAGACAGACAAAGAAGAUAAAUAUUUUGAUGGCGUAAUACGUCGAUGCAAGAAAGGGAAUCUGAAGCAAACGGGAAAAUCGAACCUGUCCCGCAGGGUGAGCUUCGAUCCCUUAGCUCUGCUGUUGGACGCCAGUCUGGAAGGCGAGCUGGAGUUGGUGAAGAAAACGGCGACGCAGGUUACCAAUCCCAGCGCUGCCAACGACGAGGGCAUAACGGCGCUCCACAACGCCAUCUGCGCUGGUCAUUUAGAGAUAGUUAAGUUCUUAGUGGAAUUCGGAUGUGACGUUAACGCGCAGGACAGUGACGGCUGGACUCCUCUUCACUGUGCGGCAAGUUGCAACAAUUUGACGAUGGUGAAGUUCCUCGUGGAGCACGGAGCAUGUAUUUUUGCUACGACGUUGAGUGAUCACGAAACGGCGGCCGAGAAAUGCGAAGAAGAUGAAGAAGGAUUUGAUGGCUGCUCAGAAUAUUUGUAUAGUGUACAAGAGAAAUUAGGUAUUCUUUCGGGAGGAAUUGUAUAUGCUGUGUUUGAUUAUACGGCACAACAAUCUGAUGAAUUGACUUUCAAGGAAGGUCAGCAGCUAACAGUUUUGAGAAAAGGGGAUGAAAAUGAGAGGGAAUGGUGGUGGUCACGGAUUGGCGACAAAGAAGGUUAUGUUCCUCGAAAUCUUCUAGGGUUAUAUCCAAGAGUAACGAAGAGUGAAGAAAGUACACCACAAUUGUAUUGAGAAAUGUUUAGUACCUUUGGCCUUUGCUACAUUGAAUUAAAUUUAUGAAUAUGAUAAUGUUCACACCUUUGCUCAAUAUAUCAUUAUAUAUUGUUUAGUUGAAGGUUUUUCUGUUUAUUUAUUAACAUUUCUAUUAAUUGAAUGGUUAUUAGUGUCUUUAUUGCUUCAAAGUAAUAAGCUUUUAAUAUAUUUUUGAAAUGUGUAAGUAAAUAUAUAAAUAUGAAAAUACAACUAUUUACAAAUA